AAACGUUGAAAUGCUGGUGAUUUAUGGUUGAUAUCUGCCCUUUCUACCUUUGCAGAUGUGGCAGUUGUGGAGAUGAGCAACAGCUUGUGUCAGCCUUCACUUUUCUAUCAUCUGGGAGUACGUGAGAGCUUCAGUAUGACCAACAAUAUUCUCCUUUGCUGUUAUACCGAUCUUUCAGAGUUGCAAGCUCUCCGUGAAGUAAUAUUUCAGAAGAAUUCGGACAGCCACGGGAGCUAUACCUUCAUCCCAUAUGUGGUGACAAACCAGAAGAAGGUCUUCUGUUGCGAUGUCAGCACCAUGAUGUGCUUGACUGAGCUUUACCAGUCCAACUUCAACAUGGAAGCUUUCUUCAACCCACUGACAACGCAACUUGCUAAACUGCUUGAGGGCACUUCUGUCAGCUCCAGUGGCUACUUCCGGGAGAUGAUCCGGAGUGACAUCCGGAAGGCUCGUGAAAUGUACCAUGGGAAACAACUGAGCCAUGAACUGACCAGCAUUCUACAGCGCCUGGACAGUGUGGAGUGCCUGAGCCUAGACAUUGUCAUGAACUUCCUUCUCUCCUACCGAGAUGCUCAGGUGAGCUCACCUCUUGAUGCUGUUUGGGCUUCACCUCUGCACAGGUAACUGAAAACAAGUAGGAUUGGUUGUCACAACACCACCACAGCAGUAGUUUCUUCACUGUUUUGUUUUUUUAUUGGGGUACCUCUCUUACCU